AUGCUUGGGAAGAUCAUGAAGGAGGCAGGUUUGCCGGACGGGGUCCUAAGCGUGCUUCCCGGGUACGGCGCUACUACUGGGAAGGCACUCGUUGAACAUCCGCUUAUAAAGAAGGUGGAUGUCACGGGCGGGACCGCGGCGGGACGGGUGAUUGGCGAGAUUGUGGGAAGGAACUUGGCCAAGUAUACGGCCGAGUUGGGCGGGAAAGCGCCGCUGGUUGUAUUCAAUGAUGCUGACUUGAACGCAGCUGUCAACGGAAUAGCCUUCGGGGCGUUCAUUGCAAGUGGACAGACAUGCGUGGCUGCUACGAGGAUCAUUGUUCACGAAUCGAUCUACGAUGAAGUGCUUCGAAAACUAGAAAUCAGAGCUGUCUCGAUCGAACGACGGAUGGGCUCGCCAAAGAAUCCCGAGUGUAUGAUGGGUCCACUGAUCUCGGAGCGGCAGUUGAAGAAUGUUCAGGAGCUAGUGGAUGACGCGUAUAUCGAGUACGAGCGAAUUAUACAAGAAGGCGGAAACAGACUGACGGGAAAAAGUGAACUCGAUGGCACAGACUUUUCCAAGGGCUACUACUUCCCACCUACUAUCAUUGCCAGCACUAAAGCAACAGACAGGCGCAUUCUUUCUUCAAGGAUUUGGCGUGAGGAGGCAUUUGGACCGGUUGUUGUGCUAGUCGGAUUCAGCACGGAAGAGGAAGCCAUUGAGCUCGCCAAUGACAGCGAGUUUGGACUCGGUGCAGGGAUAUGGACUCGCGAUUUGGCGCGGGCUUUUCGCGUGUCUGAGCAGAUUGACGCAGGUAUUGUCUGGGUCAACACUCACCAUCGCAACGAUCCUAGCAGUCCCUGGGGAGGAGCCAAGAGCUCGAGUGGCGUGGGAAGCGAGAACGGCAUUGAUGCAUACCAUGCGUAUACUACUACCAAGAGCACAAUCAUCAACUAUGCUUCAGCGGAGGAGAUGGCGGUGGAAGACUGGUUCAAGGAGGGCGCGGGGAAUGUGAGAUAUGGUUGA